AUGGCAUUUUUAAAAGAGCCAGAUUAUGUUAGUGAGGCUGGACUUAAUAACUUAAAGUAUUAUAAAUAUUCGUCAAUUGACAAAUCACCAAUAUCAAACUAUAUUUUAAAACCAUAUUGGAACUGGGCAAUUAAAUUAUUUCCAUUAUGGAUGGCACCAAAUUUAAUUACACUUUGUGGGCUAGGAUUUGUUUUCAUGAACGUGUUAAGUGUUAUUUUUUGGAUUCCUGAUCUUGUUGGUCCUGGUCCUGCUUGGUUAUAUUGGAGCUUUCCACUUGGACUUUGGCUUUAUUCAACUUUUGAUAAUGUGGAUGGUAAACAAGCUAGAAGAACAGGAACUUCAUCACCACUUGGAGAAUUGUUUGAUCAUGGAUGCGAUGCAUUGAAUUGUUCUUUAGAAUGUAUAGUCCUAACAGCAUCAUUUAGUGCAGGGCAUUCCGUAUAUGCUGCAAUUCUUCUACUUUCACUAUUAAUUCCAUUCUACAUGUCUACAUGGGAAGAAUACCAUACUGGUACUUUGUAUUUAGGUUACUUCAAUGGUCCAACUGAAGGGAUUGUGACUGCUUGUAUUGCUAUGUGUGUAUCUGCAAUUGCUGGACCACAAAUAUGGACAAAAGAAUUACAUGACGUAUUUGGUGACCUUGUGCCAUCUUUCAUACCAGCUAAUACUACGUUAAUACAUGUAAUGCUUGUUGCAAUGCUAAUUUCAUCAUUUGUUAUUCAUGUUCCUGGAUGCUUGUAUAAUGUCUAUUCAGAAUGUAAAGCUAAAGAUAAAUCAUUUUUGGCAACACUUCCUCAAUUAUUUGCAAUAGCGUUGUAUUCAUUCUGUGGAUAUUUAUGGCUUUCAUCACCAAAUUCAUACAUUUUGAAAAACCAACAUUUCAUUCUUUUCACUCUGACAGCCGGAAUUGUGUUCGGACGUAUGGCAACAAAAAUCAUUUUGUCACAUUUAACUAAAAUUCCAUUUCCCAUGUACACCGUUCUUCUGAUACCUUUAUUUUUAGGUGCUAUCCUUACCAAUUGUCCACGUUUCUUUGGAACUAAAGAGAUUCUAUCAGAAACUACAGAAUAUUUAUAUUUAUGGGCAUAUUUCAUCUUUGCCUCAAUUGCCUAUUUUCAUUGGGCUUUCCUUGUGAUCAAUAGAUUUUGUGCUCAUCUAAAAAUUCAUUGUCUUCGAAUUCCUUAUGAAAAAAAAGAAACAAAAGAUCAGAAAAAAGUCCUUUAA